UUUCAAAUCCAAACCAAACGUUGAUCUCACCAACUACUCUUCUUCUUCUCUCUAUCGAUAUUCAAAGCCAAAAAGGCUCUCUUCUGGUCUGGAGUGUGCGUGGCACGAACUCUCGAUCAACUUCAAACCUCGAGUCGAGAGAGAGACACCCUUAAAAUAUGGGCGGAGACAAAAAAGUUUACACCUUUGCUGAGUGUGCUGAAUUUAACAGCCGCGACAAAUGUUGGCUCGUCAUCCGCGGAAAGGUAUUUGAUGUGACAAAAUUCUUGGAUGAUCAUCCUGGUGGUGAUGAUGUCAUACUAUCUACCACAGGAAAGGAUGCAACUAACGAUUUUGAGGACGUGGGACAUAGUACAAGUGCCUACUCAAUGAUGGAUGAGUUCUACAUAGGAGAUAUUGACACAUCAACCAUUCCCUCUAAGGUGACAUACACACCACCAAAACAGCCUCAAUACAACCAGGACAAGACACCAGAGUUCAUCAUCAAGAUCCUCCAAUUACUUGUUCCCCUUCUAAUUUUGGGUGUAGCCGUGGGAAUCCGCUUCUACACCAAGUCAGCUCAAGCUUAAGAAAAUGAGGUUGAGUUUUUCAAUAGUAAUUUGGAAAAAAUGAAAAAGGGAAAAAAAAAAGAAAAUUGAUGAUAAAUAAGGUGAUGAUAUAAAGGGUGUGAGGAGGAGACACCCUCUUGUUAUUUUGAGUUGGUCAGUAGGAUGGUUCACUCUUGUUCCUGGUAAUUGUUUGUGCUUGCUUUUCUUUUGUAAUUUUUCUCUGAAAUCUCACAUUGUCUUCUUUACAAUUUCCAUUAUGUACUCUUCAUUGAUGAUCUCACAAGCUUGACUAUUGAGUCAUCUUGCUAUUUGGAACAAUGGGCUUAAUUUUGAGUCUAUUUUUUUUUUUAAUUUGAGAAAUGAAAAGACUAAGAGCAGCCAUUUUCUAGCCUUAGUUUUUGUACUA